CCAAUCACAUGCUUUGCUACAUUGUUUACUUGUACAAGUUUGAUCUCCUUCCCUCCCUUCCUCUCUCUCUUCCUCCCCAUCCAGCCUCUCUCUCCUCCCGCCCACCAGUUGGUUCCUGCUCAGUGUUUGACGUUGGGAGCAGAGACGAAACGGGACAGACGGCCUAAACAGACCUUUUCUCUCAAGAUUCGGCCUUUUUCUUUUUGCUGCUGCAUCUUCUAAUCCUGCAGUUCCCCUCUCUCUUGCAACUACAAUGCUCCACCUGAUUGCAGGACGCAUGGGAAGCCUGGUGGCCAGGCGCGCGACAGUGGCGCUGACUACCAGCAGCGCGAGGAUGGCGAGCCACGGCAGCGAGGUGUCAGAGACAGUGGACAUGUCUCGGCCAAUGUACUGGGACCGCCUGGACACCCCUCUGCCUGACAAAGCCUACAAAGAUGAGCUGACUGCUGCUGACAAGAGCCUGAAACAGAAGGAGAAGGGGCCCUGGAGCCAGCUGACCAACGAGGAGAAGAUUGCUUUGUACCGGCUCAUGUUCAAUCAGACCUACCCAGAGAUGAAGCAGCCGCGAUCAGAGUGGAAGACCAUCGUUGGGGGCAUCUUCAUCUUCAUGGGCUUCACAGGCCUGGUGGUCUGGUGGCAGAGAGUCUAUGUCUACCCUCCACGUCCCAGGACCUUUGAUGACGAGUGGCAGGCCAAACAGCUCCAGAGGAUUCUGGACAUGAGGAUGAACCCCAUCGAGGGCUUCUCAUCCAAGUGGGACUACGAGAAGGGCCAGUGGAAGUAGAGAGACCUGACCCGUCUCCCCUCAGAGUAUUGAUGUUGAAGCUGCCGUUGAAGUCAGUCUCAAUUUGAAUGUUGCAUUGUAACUGAUCAAACCACUAGAGGGAUGGCGUUCAUUCACUGUCAAUAUCCCGAGGGCUCUCAGCCAGGGGCCUCGUCUCCAACCACUGCAGCCUUCUGUCACGGUCCGUCCUGUGGAGAGCUUAUAAUAAUGAAAAUAAUAAAUGUUUUGCUUAUGCUUU